AUGUUGCUACCGAAACUAGCAGAAGUAAAACAAGCAUUCACCGGAUAUCAUUUUGUGAACAUUCUACUCUCAAUCGCAUUUCCACUAUUAAAAUCUUCGUCACUCUGCGAAUAUAUAUUUAAAACGGAAAACAAUUACGAAUGCGGUAUUGAUUCGAGGGAACGAGAAAUCUUAAUGUUCUUGUUGGUCGUUAUCAUGUGGAAAGGAAGAAAAGCAACCAAUUGGCUUGAUUAUGUUAGCAAUAUCUUUUUAUUUUCUAAGCUCGCCGGAAUGUUUUUAUUCAUUCGUGCUGACAUAAUUGCGGGAAUUAUCUACGUUUUCGCCUGUUUGGUCGUAAUGCUUCUUUUCCCGGAGCCUGUAUACAGUGGUCCUGAGCAGGUCACAUAUUUCCAAGGAGACCAGCUUUUCCAAGAACUUACGAAAAACCGAAAUACUGUUUGGGUAAUUCAAUUUUUCACUACAUGGAGCCCAGAAUGCAAGCAUACAACUCCAGUUUUUGCUAAACUAAGCGAAAAAUUCACUCUUCCAAAUCUUCGCUUCGGUAAAUUGGACAUUGGUCGUUGGCCGAAGGAAGGAGAACGCUUCUGUGUGAAUUCGCAUCCAAUGUCUCGUCAACUACCGACAAUUUGCGUCUUCAAAGAUGCAAAGGAAAUUUCCCGAAGACCGCUUGUAAAUGAGAACAGACGCGCUGUCCCAUUCGUUUUCAGCGAGGAAAACUGUAUUCCGGCAUUUGAUCUACUCAAUCUAUACAAAGAACAAUCGCAGAAAAAGCAAGCUAAAGCAAAGAAGGAUGAUUAA